ACGCAUGCUAUAUUAUGUUUUACAAACAAUUAGAUCACUUGAGGACGAGUAAUGGACUGUUACAACGUAUCAUCAUGUGCGACGCCCACAACAGGCACAGCUCCUCAAACAUUCGCCUCUGCCCUUCAGUUUUUUGCCGCCGCACAAUGUUUAAUCACAGAAAACUCGAUACCGGACUCAAAAGUAAAAAAUUAUGAAACAUUCGACUUUAUUAUUGUGGGAGCCGGUACAGCUGGUUGUGUAUUGGCAAACAGAUUGAGCGCAAUACCAGAAUGGAAAAUACUGCUUGUAGAAGCUGGUGAUGAUGCGCCAAUAGAAGCCGAUAUUCCAGGUAUUGGCGUCAUAAGUUUGUUCAGAACAAAAUAUGACUGGUCUUACCAGACGGCACCUAACGGAAGGACCAAUGGAGCAAAUAUAGGCAAUUCAAUUGACUGGCCUCGUGGAAAGGUUAUGGGUGGAAGCAGUAAUCUGAACGCCAUGAUCUACGUACAAGGAAACGAUCAAGAUUAUCAAAAUUGGGUUGACCUUGGUAACCCAGAAUGGAGUGUCGAAGAAGUUCGUCGGUGUUUUAGAAAAGCAGAAAGUUUCCAAAAUAUGGAAUUGUUGCAAGAUCCAGAGAUCAGCAAACACUAUGGCCACGAUGGACCAUUGGUUAUAAACACUUUCAACUCUACCUACAUAUCUCUUACUGAAAAAAUGUACUCAGCUUGGAACGAGAUAGGGAUAAAAAAUGUGGCUGAUUACAAUGUCGCAAACGUUUUAGGAUCAGGUUUUUGGAGAGCAACCGCAGCUAGUGGGGAAAGACAGAGUCAUAACAAAGCGUAUUUAAAUCCCAUUCUCCACAGAAGUAAUCUAAAGAUCUUAAAAAAUAGUUUGGUAACAAAACUGUUGAUAAAUCCUUUCACAAAAACUGCAUACGGUGUGGAGUUAGAACGAAACUCAAAAAAGUACUCCUUCUAUGUCAGACAGGAGGUAAUCUUAAGCGCUGGUACCGUGAAUUCUCCACAACUCCUCAUGCUGUCCGGAGUCGGACCCAAAAAACAUCUCGUUUCUAAGAAAAUAUCUGUCAUCGUAGAUUCUCCGAUGGUUGGACAAAAUUUGCAAGAUCACUGUUAUAUUCCCAUUAUUAUUUACGCUGACGUACCAGGCGAACAGAACAUAGCCGAACAACAAUUUGACGUCAUCCGAUACCUUUACAAUCGCACUGGAUAUUUGGGACAAAAUCCCGCUGCGAACAUCUUGGCAUUUUUUUCCGAUAAACCUAAUGCUACUUACCCUGAUUUUCAAAGUCACCAUUCUAUUACUUAUCGAAAUAGUUCUUCAGUUCAGUCAACUUGGACAAAUCGUUUCAGGUACAAAGAUCAGGUGACUAAACAAAUUGUAGAAAUGAAUAAAAAGUACGCAUUUUACCAGUUGAAUUUUAACCUCCUUCAUCCAUAUUCUAGAGGUAAUAUUACUUUGAGGUCCAAAAACCCACGAGAGCAUCCAAUCAUCAACCCCAACUAUUUCAUUGAUCCAAGAGACUUAGAAGCAGCUGCAACUGGAAUUAAGAUACUUACAAAAGUGGUGAACACUACAGCCUUCAAAGAAAUUAACGGCUUCUUGGGAAGAUAUGAAUGGCCACCAUGUGAUAGCUAUGAAUUAGACAGUAGAGAUUACUGGAAGUGUAUUUGUUUAGAGAUGGUACUCACCAUAUAUCACCCUGUUGGAACAUGUCAGAUGGGACCGGACCUGAAUACUUCAGUAGUAGACAGUCGGUUGAGAGUCCAUGGAGUUCAAAAACUCCGUGUGAUAGAUGCUAGCAUAAUGCCAACACUGACCAGUGGUAACACUAACGGUCCAACUGGAAUGGUUGGAGAAAGAGGAGCAGAGUUAAUAUUGGAGGAUUACAACAAAUUGUAAUUUAUUUCUACUUACCACUUCAUAUCUUUCAAGUUACGUUGUUGCUUAUAGUGUUUAUUUAAUUUAUUCAUGUAAAUUGAAGACUCUCAGACGCUAUUUUUCUCUUUCGUCUUCAAUAAACAUUAAAUUCAUUAUAUUUAUAAAUAGUGGAAAACGGUGUUAUUUGUUGAACCUCUACCUAGGUAGUUUAUUUUUCUUUUGUUCUAAAUUAUUUCUAAAACUAUCACUACUAUUAAAAAAAUCACCAGGUUCAGUGGGCAGUAGGUCUAUCUACUCUUUUCUGUCAAAUAUUCUUAUUAGAUUUCCAACUCUAUUGUUCGAGUAUAAAGUCGAAAUCCAAUUACAAAAAUUUACACAUUGCAGUAGAUUAAUUUGCUGGCCACAGACAGUACAAUAUUAUUAUGACAUUU